UUGGUGUUUGACAGGAGACGUGGCGGGGACUCGAUCUGUACGAGCGGUUUUAAAGGAGAAUGGAGUUUAAUCUGUACUCAUUCUGUUUUCUCUCGUUGUCGUUCGCAGGCUCAGAUCGCCUUCCUGCAGGGCGAGAGACGCGGUCAGGAGAACCUGAAGAAAGACCUGGUGAGACGGAUCAAGAUGCUGGAGUACGCCCUCAAACAGGAGAGGGCCAAAUAUCAUAAACUGAAAUACGGGACAGAGCUGAACCAGGGAGAGAUCAAACCCCCCAGCUACGAUUCAGAUGAUGGGAAUGAGAGCGAGGCUCCCAGUCCUCCAAACAGCAGCCAUCAGCUCAGCUGGAAACAAGGACGCCAGCUGCUCAGACAAUACCUGCAGGAGGUCGGGUACACAGACACCAUCCUGGAUGUGAAGUCUCAAAGAGUCAGAGCACUGCUCGGCCUCACCGGAGACUCAGGAGAGAAACCUUCAGACACUAAAGCCGAACCCAUGGUCAACGGCACCGAACCGUCCUCGCUGAAGGACAGCGGCAUGGUCAGUAAACCGGACAUGUCCGACUCGGCCACCGUGUUGGAGGCCUUUAAGUUCAUAGAGAGCGCCGCAGCAGAGUUCAGCGAUGAUGAUGACGAGGAGGACAGCGAAGGACGGGACAAGACCAUCUUAGACUUGGCUACACAGAUGGUACGAAAGAAACAGUCGUCCACACCUUCCUCCACGACCUCAGACCUCAGCGACGACCCCGACACGGAGGAGGCUCUGAAGGGUUUCGAUUUCCUGGCGAGUCCAGAGGAGCUGGACGGAUCACCCGAGUCCAGGAGUGGGGAGGACAGCGGAGAGUGGGAGAAGGAAGAGCAGUCUCCUCUGGGUGAGCUGGCCUGGGACGUGGACCAGGGACUGAUAGCCCAGCUCAAGGAGCAGUACAGGAAGGAGCGCAAGUCCAAGAAGGGGGUGAAGAGACCAAACCGCUCUAAGCUCCAGGACAUGCUGGCUAACCUGCGGGACGCUGAGGAGCUUCCCUCCAUGCAGCCGCCCGUCACGCCGCCCUCCCGCCCCGCUGUGCCCCGCCUGGAGCAGGAAGGCCGUCCUGAAGAGGAAGCUAUGACCUUCCUGCCGUCCUCGGGGAAGUCGUUCAUCCUGGGCCGGGUGGACGAGGCGGUCUCCAACGAGCUCGGGCUGGGAGAACUGGCCGGACUCACCGUGGCCAACGAGGCUGAGAGUCUGGGCUACGAUAUCGGGAACAACCAAGACGCACUGAGGAAAACCUGGAACCCAAAGUUCACCCUGAGGAGUCACUUCGACUCGGUCCGCAGCCUGGCCUUCCACCCGGUGGAGCCGGUCCUCGUCACAGCGUCCGAGGACCACACGCUCAAACUGUGGAACCUGCAGAAGACGGCGCCCGCCAAGAAGUGUGCAGCUUUAGACGUGGAGCCCAUCUACACGUUCAGAGCUCACAGCGGAGCGGUGCUGAGCGUCACCAUGAGCUCCAGCGGCGAGCAGUGCUUCAGUGGAGGGGUGGACGGAACCAUUCAGAGCUGGAACACCCCCAACCCAAACAUCGACCCCUACGACUCAUAUGAGUCCUCUGUCCUGCGGGGGGCGCUGUGCGGUCACACAGACUCCGUGUGGGGUCUGGUCUACAGCUCCGCCCACCGCCGCCUCCUCUCCUGCUCUGCUGAUGGAACGGUCCGGCUGUGGAACGCGGCAGACACCUCGCCGUCUCUCGCUGUUUUCAACGAGCGAGGAGAGCUGGGCGUGCCGACCUCGGUGGACCUGGUGAGCUGCGAUCCGGCUCACAUGGUGACGUCUUUCUCCAGCGGACACAUCGGACUCUUCAACAUGGAGACGCAGCAGCUCGUCUUACAGAUGGAGUCUGCCGGCUCGCCAGACGAUCCCUGCAAGAUCAACAAAGUGCUGAGUCAUCCCACGCUGCCAAUCACCAUCACAGCUCAGGAGGACCGACACAUCCAGUUCUUCGAUAACAACACAGGGAAACUGAUCCACUCGAUGGUUGCCCACCUGGACUCUGUGACGAGUCUGGCUGUCGAUCCAAACGGGCUGUACCUCAUGUCUGGAAGUCACGACUGCUCAAUCCGUCUGUGGAACAUGGAGAGUAAAACGUGUAUCCAGGAGUUCACCGCUCACCGUAAGAAGUCCGAGGAGUCGAUCCACGCCGUGGCGUUCCACCCGACAAAGUGCUACAUCGGCAGCGCCGGGGCCGACGCGCUGGCUAAGGUCUUCGUAUGACCUGGAACGGAUCUUCAUCUUCUGAGACUGUGGCGCUCGGAGGAGGGGGUGGAGCUUAAGUCCACCUCUGAGUCUGGAUCAGGCCUUUUUAAAAAUGUGUCAUAUAUUCCUCUAAACCCCGUCCCGCCCCCGCUUCGGACUUAGGCUGGCCCGGGUCUCGAAACAAACACACCUCUGGAUGAGCCGACGAAUGAAACAGGAAGUGGCGAGAAAUCAAAUGUAAAAAACUCCCGGUACUUAAAACUGAAGCUGGACUCUUUCUUCUUGCCCCCCGACCUCUCCGCCCACCGCCCGCCCGGUCUUCAUGAUGAUGUGCCUUUUUUUCUUCACACCGUCUUUAAGGUCGAAAGGAAACAGGAGAAGCCACGCCUCCUUUUCCUCCUGUACGAUAUUAAAGUGACCCCAGGAUGCAGAGAGUCCGCUGGACGUCGGCCUUCAGACGUUUGUUCACUUCCUCCUGAAGAGGAAAUAGAAGAAGAAGAAGAACGUUUUAUAACGGCGUGCCGCUCCCCGUGUACACGCCCCCUCUGCUGUCGUUUGACACGUUUUAGAUCAAAUUAAGAGUUCAGAUUUAUUAGAACUAGCUGACGUUGGGGGGGGGGGGGGUCUGAGCCCACCAGCGUGAGGUUUGAAAUGUUUGUGUUUUCUAAAGUGGUUGUAAAAUAUUCUGGAUUUGAUUCUCGUGGUGAUGGCGUGCUGCUUUUUGAUUGUUUAUUUAAAGAUGAAACAUCGUGACGAGCCGCGGCACGAGAAGCUUUGACGUAGAUUAUAUAAGAUAUUUAUUUAAAACGCCAAAUCAACGCCGCAAACGUUCAACUGGAGGAACAAGAAGGCGCUUCCUGCUAAAGCUAGGCAUGCUAAUGCUAGUUAGCUCCUUUGUUGUCGAUGAGAGGAUGAAAAACUUUGUUUACUUUAAUUUGGGUUCUUAAUGAAAACAUUUAGACGUUACGUCCCGUAGAUCUCGUGAACAGGACGUAACAUCUUCAACAGGUUCAGGUUGAUAUUCUAAAGGCGC